AUGUCUCGGUUCACAGGAGAUGUCCAUACAUCUCCAAUCAUGGUUGUGUCAUGGUUCCUGCUGGUCGUUGCAAUGAUAGCAGUUUUUAUACGACUUGGAACAAAGACAUGGAUCUUUCGCAAAUUUCACAAGGACGACUACAUCAUCAUCGCUUCUGCUAUAUUCGAUAUCGGCCAAAUUGUUUGCCUUUCUAUCGCCGGUGCAAACGGUUACGGUCGACAUAUAAAAACAUUAAGUGAUGAGCAAGUGGAGAUCAUUCAGAAAUGCCAGUAUGCUCAGCAUGAACUCAUCAUUAUGACUAUGACGCUUUCCAAAAUUUCAUUUAUCAUGUUCGUGAGAAGCAUUACUGCUGUCCCUUUGGAUCAUAUGGUGGCGUUGGGUCUGAUAGCUGCCACAUGGGGAUGGGCCAUUGCUUUUCUUAUCUCGGGGGCUUUGCAGUGUCGGGCCCCAGAGCCAUGGAAUUAUCUGGGUAAAAAUUGUUUCAAUCAGAGGAUAUGGAAUGACUUUUUCAGUCUCGGGGAUAUACUCACUGAUGUGGGAAUUGUGAUUUAUACAAUGAUAAUUAUUGGACGAAUCCAUACCAAACUAAGUCGGAGAAUAGGACUUGCGAUCGUGUUUGGCAUGCGAGUGCUUGUUAUUGCUGCCAUCACAGUACACAUCACUACUCUCAACAAAUCCCUCGCAGCCGAUGACAGCACGUACGAAACUUGGAUAGCCACUAUUGCAAGUCAAAUAGCCAUUUGCUUAAGCAACGUGACUGCAUGCUCGCCUCAAUUCAAACCGUUCCUCGAGAGCCUCCAGUCAUCAGGCAUGCGAUUAGAUACGACAAUGACGGCGGGAACCAGAACCGCGGAUUCAUACACUGGUUCGAAAGGGUUCAAUCUACGUAGCAUUACGGGACGGGGAAGGCGGAACGACAAUAUGCCAUAUGUGAAAACUAUCGUGUCCGCAUCCCCGAACUCUGCACUGGAUUGGGAUAUCAGUAGUCAGCACAGUCAAUCACGGAUCAUAAUGGAGACGAGGACUGUGACGGUGGUUGAGGAACGUCGACGUGCUCAUUUUGCGGAAGAUACUGUUUGA